AUGCGGUUCUCUACUCUUCUCGCCCAAGGCCUUCUUGCUAUAUCAUCUGUAGUAUCCGCAGUAGCAAUUGACAAAAGACAAUCAACGACUCAAGUCUACAAAUUCUCCGCAUCCCCCACUUCAGCGGAAGGCAUCGCUGCACGCUCAAACGGCCAACUCCUCGUAUCUUUCUUCGACAAGGGCGAACUCUGGGGCGUCGACCCAGCCACGAAGAAAGCCUCCAAAGUCGCCACGUUCACUGAUGCCACCUGCGCAGGCGGCAUUGCCGAAAUUGCUCCGGAUGUCUUUGCAGUCGUCGCGGGUCAGUUUUCGUUCGGAGGAGGCCUUAAGACGGGCUCAUGGGCAAUCUGGAAGGUGGACUUCACUAGCGGGACGGCUCAGACAUCUGUUCUGAAAAAGGUGCCGGAUUCAGGGUUCUUCAAUGGGCUGUCUGCUUUUACUAACGACACCAUCCUUAUUGGAGAUGCUUCGAAGGGUGCGGUUGUGGCGAUGAAUGUCAAUACCGGUGCUUAUAGCACGGUAAUUCAGGACGCGACGAUGGCUCCGCCUGCCAAUGCUGGCAUCCCCAUGGGCAUCGACGGCGUCCGUUAUUUCAACGGCACUCUCUACUACACCAACGUUUCCAAAAACACCUUCCACAAAGUGGCCGUCGAUGCGACUGGCAAGAAGGUCGGCAACAUCGCCACCAUCUGGUCCAACACCUUCUCCGACGAUCUCUGGGUCGGUCCCGAUGGUACUGCUUACGUCGCCACUGGCAGCGCUGGGAAAAUCCAGAAGGUGACUCCUGACGGGAGGAUCAGUACCUUGGUGAAUAUUUCUGGAGCGACGUCGGUUACUUUGGGGAAGACGGAGGCGGAUAAGAAUACGCUGUAUAUUGCGGGGAAUAACGGGGUUAUCUCGAGUGUGAAAGUUUAGGUCGGUG